UAGUAAACCAAAGUCAAUCAUAUGGGAAACACAUAUUAAACAAGGAAAAGAAAUUUCUAAAGGCCAUUGGAGUGCGACAUGCAACUAUUGUAAUGAGUUUUGGUAUAAAGGCUCCCCUGCUUCCCUUGAAGCUCAUUUAGGUAACUCAUGUAAUAAAGCCCCACCAGAUGUUCGUAGCUUAUUUUUAAGUCGAUUAGCAACAAAAGAACUUAAUGCAUCAACAUCAAAAAAACGAAAACUUAAUGUUCAGUCACAACUUUCUGACUUCAUUGAAAGUACCAAGUUAAUACCAGAUCGUAUUAAAGACAUAAAUAGAGCAUUAGUAAAGGCAUUUAUUGUUUGUGGUAUCCCCUUUCAUAUUAUUGAGAAUCCAUUUUUUGUAGAGUUAUUAAAAACUUUACGUCCAGCAUAUGAGCCACCAUCUAAAGAUGUUUUUUCUGGUCACUAUUUGGCACAAGAAACAGUAUUUGUUAAUCAGGCAAUGAUUAAACAAUUGAAUAGUUCAAAAAAUAUGACUUUUG